AUGUUUCUUCAAGGUGCAAAAGUGUGUACAAGAUCUGUCCCUAUAUCCGCCGGUUUGAGGGCUUUUGGUUCUUCUCCCUGUGCUGGAUUCCCAGGGAGAAAGGUCCAUCAAGAUGCAGCAGAACAGAAAGAGCAGAAACUGUUUGAUAAAAACAAGGCAAAGCUGGAAAAGAUGGAGCACCACGAGGGCUCUGAUAAAAGAGACAGCAGAUCAAAGCUUAAGAAAAGAGGUGACGACGCAAGAAUCGAGCAGAAUAGACCAGACGAUGGCGUCUAUUGA